AUGGCAGAUUCUAGAAAGUCAAUUAACACCAUCCACAACCUGACUGACGAGAACGGAAACAGAUAUGAGUCUCAAGAGGAGAUAAGCGCCCACUGUGCUGACUAUUUUGAAAAUCUGUUCAAUGAUCAGGAUGAGGCGACCUCAAUGGAGCAAAGCGAUAUGAAUUUGCUGUUAUCCUACAGAUAUAUCACCGCUGCCAUCAGAGAAUUCUUCAGCUCUGGCUCCCUGCUAAAGCAAUGGAAUGUUACCACUCUAACACUUAUUCCCAAGUCAGUGAAUGCGACCACUGCUGCAGACUUCAGGCCUAUAUCUUGUUUAAACACGCUUUAUAAAGUCAUUGCCAAGCUCUUAACAAACAGGCUCCAGAGUCUUCUAUCAACGGUCGUCUCCCCUUUUCAGUCAGCUUUCCUCCCGGGUCGUUCUCUAGCAGAAAAUGUUUUGUUGGCGACUGAAAUGGUGCAUGGUUACAACUGGAGAAAUAUCUCACCUAGAGGCAUGUUGAAGGUGGAUUUACGCAAAGCGUUUGACUCAGUUAGGUGGGAUUUUGUUAUUUCUGCGUUAAGAGCCAUUCAACUUCCUGAGAGAUUUAUAAACUGGGUAUACCAAUGCAUCUCCACACCAUCUUUCACAGUUUGCGUUAAUGGGUGCCAUGGUGGUUUUUUCAAAAGCUCCAAGGGCUUGAGACAGGGGGAUCCCCUCUCCCCCUACCUCUUCGUCCUAGCCAUGGAAGUGUUUUCAAAGCUACUACAGACUCGGUUUGACGCCGGAUACAUUCAGUAUCAUCCUAAGGCCUCAGACCUCUCCAUUUCCCACCUAAUGUUUGCCGAUGAUGUAAUGAUUUUCUUUGAUGGGGGCCAUUCGUCACUUCAUGGUAUUUGCGAAACACUUGAUGACUUCGCAUCUUGGUCUGGUCUCAAGGUAAACAAAGAUAAGAGUCAGUUGUUCCAUGGAGGCCUAGAAAACAAUGGAAGCUUGAUGUUGGAAACGUAUGGUUUCCCUUUAGGUGCCCUCCCAAUCAGAUACUUGGGCCUUCCCCUUAUGCACAGACGGCUGCGUAUAGCGGAAUAUGAACCUCUCCUCGAAAAAAUCUCCUCAAAGUUCAGAUCAUGGGUGACAAAGUCACUUUCCUUCGCAGGGCGGCUGCAAUUAAUAUCUUCAGUCAUCUUUGGUUCUAUAAACUUCUGGAUGUCUACAUUCAUCCUCCCUAAAGGCUGUAUCAAAAGGAUUGAGAGUCUUUGUGCCAGAUUCCUCUGGUCGGGAAAUAUUGACGAAGGAAAAGGAGCUAAAGUUGUUUGGGAAGUGGUCUGUCUACCAAAAUCAGAAGGGGGUCUUGGCCUCAGAAGGCUUUCAGAUUGGAACAGAACGUUGCUCUUGAAACUAGUGUGGAGGUUGUUCGAGCCUUCCAACUCGUUGUGGGCAGCUUGGCACCAUCUACACCACCUCAGGAACGACUCUCUCUGGGAUGUACACUAUCCAACUGGCGCUUCUUGGGCUUGGAAAACGCUGCUGAACCUUAGACCUCUAGCGGAAAAAUUUAUAAAAUGCAGAGUGGGUAAUGGCUUCACUGCUUCCUUUUGGUUUGACAGUUGGACAUUGCUUGGUCCACUUAUAAAUCGUCUAGGUGACUAUGGAGCCCGAAGCCUUCGCAUUCCCAUCUCUGCAAAGGUGGUGGAGGCUAUUGAGGGCGCCGGAUGGAGAUUACCUCUUUCUAGAUCACCUGCGGCGCGGGAAAUCCAUGACCACCUCCGCACUCUGCAACCCCCGUCGCCUGAACAAGACCAAGAUGUUUAUAUUUGGUGUGUGGACAAUAAACCAUACCACCGCUUCUCUACAGCGGCGACCUGGGAAGCCAUGCGACCAAGGAAACCAAAGCAAAGUUGGACAAAGUCUAUCUGGUUCAGAGGUGCGGUCCCUAAAUUUGCUUUCCAUAUGUGGGUCAGCCACCUGAAUAGGCUCCCCACUCGCCAAAGGUUGUCCUCUUGGGGGAUAAUUCAGUUUGAUGCCUGUUGUCUCUGUUCCAUCGCUUCUGAGACUCGCGAUCACAUCUUCCUGGUCUGCGAGUUUGCUGCUCAGGUAUGGAAGUUAACCUUCACGAGGAUUUGCCCCCGCCAAAGGCUAUUUAGUUCAUGGUCAGAACUCCUCUCCUGGACCCGACAAGCUUCCCCAACCGCCCCUUCGCUCAUAAGGAAGUUAUCUGCUCAGGUCGUGGUUUACAACUUAUGGAGACAACGAAAUAACAUCUUACACAAUUCUUUCAGGCUUGCUCCAUCCAUCAUCUUCAAGUUCGUGGACCGUGAAAUGAAGGACAUCAUCACAUCAAGAGGUCACAGGAAGCGCUGGCAGGACCUUUUGCCUCUUUGGGUCCACUAA